UAACAUAUAUGAUAUCAUUCAUCUUCUGCAGUGUUAAGUGUUCACCAAUCAUCUUCCUCAUUCCUCUUUCUUCUUUUCCACACAAAAUCAUGGAUUCCUCCAAGAUUACGGCUCUUUUACUCCUUUCUAUGCUCCUCAUUGCCUCUGCCAAUCCUGUUGAUCCUGACUGUGGCUCCUGCUCCCCUAAGCCCAAAACUCCUAAAGGUCCCAUUACUCUCCCACCAGUUGUCAAGCCUCCUGUAACCCUUCCGCCAGUAACUCUACCCCCGGUGGUGAAGCCACCCAUAACCCUACCGCCCAUUGUGAAGCCACCAGUGACAUUGCCACCGGUCACAUUACCUCCAGUGCUGAAUCCGCCAGUAACUUUGCCACCUGUGACACUACCCCCAGUCGCGAAGCCGCCAGUAACUUUGCCACCUGUGACACUACCCCCAGUUGUGAACCCACCAAUCACCCUACCACCUAUAACACUACCUCCGGUGACAAUGCCACCAGUCACCACGAAGCCGCCAAAAGCAAAACCCUGCCCGCCACCACCGGUUAAGCCUAAAAAACCUAAGCAGGCCAAGUGUCCUGUUGAUACCCUAAAGAUGGGAGCUUGCGCGGAUCUUCUUGGUGGAGUGAUGCACAUUGGUUUUGGAGAUCCCGUUGUGAAUGAGUGCUGCCCAAUUCUUUCAGGGCUGGUUGAUGUUGAAGCUGCCGUUUGCUUGUGUACAACACUCAAGCUCAAGGCUCUCAACCUCGAAAUGUUCGUCCCAAUUGCUCUCGAGCUCCUUGUUUAUUGUGGGAAGACACCGCCUCCCGGUUACACUUGCUCUCUCUAGAUUGAUCUGAGGUUAAUUUGAUUGAUGCACAAAUGUUGUCGACAUGAGCGGAUGUGAUGCCAAGUCUCCAAUUUGUUAUCUCUUUCUCCUUUCUGUCUCCUUAUCACCCCUACCCCGAACCCUUCUUUUUCACUGCUUUCUUUUUCUCUUCUGUUUGCUUGGAAUUUGGAAGUGUUACUUUCGGCAUUAUUGUACACCCAUUCAUUAAAAUGAAACUGUAUUCAUGUGUGCUUUCGUAUUAUUGUGUCGUAGGCAAGGAAUUAAUUGAUGAAGAUGGAUGCUUUUAUCAGUUUAU